CGAGGGGACUUUAUAGGGGAUAUCGGCGCCGAUAGUAGUAGUAGUAGUAGUAGUAGUAGUAGUAGCGGCAGUAAUGAUAGUAGUCGCCGUAAUAACAGUAACGGUCGUGGUAACAGCAGUAGUAGUGGUAGUAACAAGGAAGCGGCGGAUGAGGAUGAUCCAGUGGGAGAGCAAACAGGGCAGCGAGGAGUGGAUGAGGGGAACAAGGAGAAGGAGAAGGAGAGAAGGAAUGAUGGUAGUAGCAAUGGUACCAGUGGUAUCAGAUCAAGGUAUCCGGGCGUGGCGCUGCUGUAUCUGGAGGAUUUGGUAUACCAUCUGGAGAUGGUUGAGCGGUAUGUGACCAAGCUGGAGGCCUAUGCGGAAAAGCACUACCGGAACCUGAG